AGUGCCCCUUGAUCCUGCCGGAAGUGCUUGUGAGGCAGCUGGCCCGAGGCGGCGGGGGCCCUGCGAGCGGGGCGGAGGGAGCGGCGCUGCCGGACGCUCCUGCUGCAAGAACUGCUGUUGAAAAGAAAGAAUUUUUUUUUAUAAGAAGAGAAUGGAUGGAGAAGAGAAGACGUACGGCGGGUGCGAGGGCCCGGACGCCAUGUAUGUGAAGUUAAUAUCCUCCGAUGGGCACGAGUUCAUUGUCAAAAGAGAGCAUGCCUUAACAUCAGGAACGAUAAAAGCCAUGUUGAGUGGACCAGGACAGUUUGCAGAAAAUGAGACAAACGAGGUGAAUUUUAGAGAGAUCCCAUCCCAUGUCCUAUCCAAAGUCUGCAUGUAUUUCACCUACAAGGUCCGCUAUACUAACAGCUCCACGGAGAUUCCCGAAUUCCCCAUCGCACCUGAAAUUGCACUGGAACUUCUGAUGGCUGCAAACUUCUUAGAUUGUUAAAUAAAAAAUAAAUUAUAAUUAAAAACAAAAACAAAAAAAAAAAAAAAACCAAACAAAAAAAACCACGAAAUGUAAAACUUUUUUCAGUAUUUAAUACAUGUAGUUGAGUUAGUCCCUUUUUUCCAGAUAGCAUGUUGCGUGUGUGCUGUGGGGAGCUGUGAGGGUCGCUGCGGAGGCGGGCGCCUUCAGGCCUUUUGCAGAAUAGCAAUCCUUCCGUUGAAAGUUUGUUUUUGCUGCUUGACACCAAUAAGGACCUUUUCACAAACUGAGACAAAUAAACCAAUCUGCCAAUUAGUAGAUGGCUACGCCUUAUCCUUUAGGUGCGCUAGAACUUUUUUUGCUUUUCAUCCCAACCACCGUAGAAAACGCCGGAGUUUAGUCUUAACGCUCUCUAAAAGGUAAUUAUCGUUCAAUACGAGUAGCUGGUUUUAGGGUUUCUGACUUUUUUUCUCCUUGUUAAAGUUUCUAAACAUCUGAACUUCAUCUGGGUUGUGAGGGGGCUGUCCUGGAGCGUGGUCACACCAACGGGGGCCGAGGUCUGUGUAAUGACAGCGCCGUUCUGUGCGGGCUGGAAGCGGAGGAUGUAGGAGAAUGCUUAAUGCUUUUAAUGCUUUUAAUUUAAAUCCUAGUGUAGACACGUGGAAAGGUAAAGGUGUUCUUGAUGCGCUUUGCUUUUCUAACCCCAAUUUUCCCUGUUAGUAAUUAAUUACAAACAUUGGAGUCACUGCUCUGUGCAGGAAGAUCCUACUGACAGUGGCUUUGAAGGGGAAAAAACGAGUGUGAAAAUCUGUGUAUAUUAUCUCCUGUAUAACAUAUAUUCCUAAUGUACUGUCACUUGACCUGAUACUGAUUUUAUAUGGUUUCAGUUCUGCUUUAUUUUUUCUUGUUGUGAUUGUAAAGUCUGUAUUUAAUCUCUAGAGUAGCGCUCGUUGACGUUUUGUAAGGUAGGACCCGAGAAGACAGCAGUUAUCCCCUCUGUUACCUCCCCCUGGGAUCCACGGACAAAGCCCCUGCAACGCGGAGGUCUUUUCUAUUUGAAGGAAAGGGCAUUAAGCAGAUGUUUAAGGAGCUGUUUUAUAAAUUUCAUAGGUAUUUUCAAUGUUUUUAUUAUGAAUAUUUUAGAGGAAAAGGAUCGGCGAGCCACUGCCCUAGUGCCGGAGUGGAACACGUCACCUCGUGGUAGUUGCCUGCACUAUCAGUUCUUUGUUCAAAACAAGGUUCCAUCAAGGAAAAAAAAAUAAUAAUAAUAAAAUUAAACUUGAGACAAGAA